CAAAAUAAUACAGAUAGAAGAGGAACGAAGUGAGAAGUUAACUAACAACAUGAAGUUACUCAUCUUCCUCACGGUAACCCUGGGCACACUUGUCACGGGACUAGAUUCUGUUUAUAUCAAGAAGUACUACAAGCUGCCAUAUAAACACAGAUCAGAUCACAAGGAGUGCCAUUGUUUGAAUGGAGGAACCUGCGUUACCUAUUACCUCUUUAGUGGAAUUAAUCGUUGCAUAUGCCCAAAAGGAUACACUGGGAUUCACUGUGAACUAGACACUGACAGCACGUGCUAUACUGAGAAUGGGGAGGACUACAGAGGAAUGGCAACAGAAGACAAAUGUCUGCCAUGGGACCUUCCCUCAGUAAUCAGGAGGGGUCGUUACCAUGCUCACUUGAAGAAUGCUCUGCAGCUCGGACUAGGCAAACACAGCUACUGCAGAAACCCGAAUGGAAGGAACAGGCCCUGGUGUUACACCAAAAAGGGAUUCACCAUUCAAGAAACACCCUGCAACAUGGAGAAGUGUGGGCAUACAUGUGGUCAAAGGAGUGUCAGCAAGUACUUCAAGAUUGUUGGUGGAAGACAGGCUGAGGUUGAGUCUCAGCCUUGGGUAGCUGGCAUCUUCCAGAACAUAAGGGGCAUAGACCAUUUUCUGUGUGGUGGCAGCCUCAUUGACCCUUGCUGGGUACUUACAGCAGCACACUGUUUUCAUAAUCCGUCAAAAAAACCACAAGACAAAUCCAUCUACAAAGUCUUCCUUGGAAAGUCCAUACUGAAUGUUACUGAUGACAAGGAACAAGUAUUCAUGGUCGAUGACAUCAUCUCUCACCCUGACUUUACAGAUGACACAGGUGGCAAUGAGAAUGAUAUUGCUUUGAUAAAGAUAAGAACAACUUCUGGACAGUGUGCAGUAGAGUCCAAAUAUGUUAGAACAGUCUGCUUGCCAGAGAAGAACCUUUACUUACAAGACAAUACCCGAUGUGAAAUAUCUGGCUAUGGAAAACAAGAUUUUUAUGAUAUCUACUAUGCUCAAAGACUCAUGUCAGCCACUGUAAACUUAGUAUCACAGACAAAAUGCAGGUAUGAGUACUAUGACAAUAUCAGAGUUACUGACAACAUGGUCUGUGCUGGAGAUCCCACAUGGAUGACUGAUGCAUGCAAGGGAGAUUCUGGUGGCCCCAUGGUCUGUGAGCACAAUGGCAGGAUGACACUUUAUGGGAUUGUCAGCUGGGGAGAUGGCUGUGCAAAGGAAAACAAGCCUGGUGUUUACACCAGAGUUACUCGAUACCUUAACUGGAUUGACUCCAAUAUGAAUGCAGUAAUUGCCAAGAGUCGCUUUCUUCCUGAACCGAAGUGA